AUGCCGUCGUGGCGGCUCGCCUGCGCCCUCGCGGCGGCGCGGUGCGCCAGCGGCCUCCGGGCGCCCGCGCGGCGCGCGGCGCCCCGCGCGCCCCGCCGCGCCUCGGCCUCGGAGGGCACGAUCCUCGAGGCGCGCGAGGUGGCGAACAAAAAGGCGGAGCGGCGGCGCAUCGCGUCCUCGCCCACGUUCUUCCGGACCCACGGCGACUUCAAGGAGGAGCAGGCGGUGGUGCAGGAGAAGAUGCUCGCCGAGAUGAAGUCGACGCUCCUCGACUCGAUGCGCGCGGGCACGUUCGAGACGAGCCGCGGCGAGGGCAACGCGGCGGUGACGUUCCGGCUCGCCCAAGAGUACGGCAUGUGCUGGGGCGCCGAGCGCUCCAUAGAGCUGGCGCUCGCGGCCACGGAAAAGUACCCGGACAAGCGCAAGCACAUCACGAACGAGCUGCUGCACAACCCGGGCGUAAACAACAUGCUCGCGGACGCCGGCGUCGAGUUCGUCGACAAGACCGCGGACGGCGGCAAGCGCUUCGACGACGUCUCGCCCGGCGACGUCGUCAUCCUCCCCGCGUUCGGCGCGACGCUCGCGGAGAUGCAGCACUUCGACGACAUGGGCGUGACGACGGUCGACACGACGUGUCCCUGGGUCACCAAGGUCUGGAACGUCGUGGACAAGCAGGUCGCCAAGGGCAUGACGACGGUGAUCCACGGCAAGUACGCGCACGAGGAGGCCAUCGCGACGGCGUCGUACUGCGACAACUACAUCAUGGUCAAGAACAUCGACGAGGCGGAGUACGUGUGCCGCUACAUCCUGAACCCGACGCCGGAGGGGAAGGAGGCGCUCCUCGCUAAAUUUGCCAAGGCCAUGUCCAAGGGCUUUGACCCGGACGUGCACCUCGCCAAGGUCGGCCUCGCGAACCAGACGACCAUGUACAAGAAGGAGACGCAGGCCAUUGGCAAGCUCUUCGAGCUCACGAUGAUCCAGAAGUACCCCGAGGACGCGAGCGACCGCUUCGUCGCGUUCGACACGAUCUGCGACGCGACGCAGGUCCGGCAGGACGCGAUCCAGGAGAUGAUCCAGGACCCGAAGGUCGACGAGCUCGACUUCAUCCUCGUCGUCGGCGGCUUCGACUCGUCCAACACCGCGCACCUCGUCGAGAUCCCGCACGACGCGGGCAAGACGGUGUUUCACAUCAACGAGGGCGACUGCAUCCGCGAGGACAACUCCGUGAAACACCGCCUCCUCAACGGCGACGUCGUCAUCGAGAACGACUGGCUUCCGGCGGACCGGCCGCUCAAAAUCGGCGUGACCUCGGGCGCCUCCACGCCCGACGCGUACGUGCAGGACGCCCUCGAGCGCCUCGUUCUCUUGAAAGCGGCAAUAUCCCCGGCUGCGUAA